UCAGGUACCCACAUGCAUUAAACCUAGAUCUAAAAAUUUUCCUUCCCUCUCUGUCUACCCAAUAAUUGAUACUUUUGUCAAUAUGGUUGAUGAAGAAUUCAAGAAGAUCAAAAGGAAUACAUACAAUGAUAACUUGACCAGAGAAGAAAGACAGAGUUUAGAAAGAUUGAGAAAUCUUAAUGAUGUGAUAAUUAAACCAGCCGAUAAGGGUGGGAAUAUCAUUGUAUGGCCUAGAGAGAUGUACGAAGCAGAAGCACGCAGACAAUUACGUGAUAAUACCUGUUAUAAAAAAUUGUCCUUUAACCCUUUGAUUUCAUUUAAAAACAGUCUUGAAAUAAUUCUUGAGCGGGCAGAAGCAGAUUCCACUAUUUCUUUAGAACUUCAUCGUGCCCUGAGUGUAUCACACCCCAAGAUACCAACGCUAUAUCUGUUGCCGAAAGUGCAUAAACACCCUACCAGACCACCUGGGCGACCAAUUAUCUCAGAUGUCACCUUAACACGAGAUCAGGAGGGAUUCAUCCAAACAAAUGUAUAUCGAAAACCAACUGCCACUAAUACUUACCUCCAUGCUACUUCCGCACAUCCGAAACAUAUGAAAGAUGCAGUCCCUGUUGGACAAUAUCUACGAAUCAGAAGAAUUUGCUCCACCGACACAAUGUUCGAAAAACAAGCAAGGACUCUACAAAAAAGGUUUAAAGAGAGAGGGUAUAGCCAACGAUGUUUGAAAAAAGCUUAUCGACGUGCUAGAGAGACACCACGACAACAAUUACUCCAAAAGAAACCUCCACGUAUUUCAGAUGAUUCUAUACGUUAUAUAUCAGAUUACAAUGCACACUGGGAAGAGAUGAGACGAGCAAUUGAAAAACAUCUACCCAUUCUGAAAACGGACUCUGUCCUUCGUCACUACGUUCCAGAUAGACUACAGAUGACAGCAAGACGUGCCCGCAAUUUGAAACAUAUCCUCGUGAAAAGUGAGUAUGUUUCAUCUACUCCUAAUCUAUUUAAUUUGGGUACCAUAAAAAAUGGUUGUUUUCCUUGUGGUAAAUGUGUCGCAUGUCCCAACAUCGUGAGAAGCACCGACUUCAGUGAUUCUGGUGGACAGAAAACAUUCAAAAUUCGACAUCACAUUACUUGUGAGUCUAAAGCAGUGGUAUAUUAUGCUUAUUGCCCAUGUCCUAAAAUCUACAUCGGACUAACUACUAGACCAUUAAAGGUCAGGGUGCGGGAACACAUGCGAGACAUUAGACAGGCGGCUACGCGGGUACAUGUAGAAGAACUAAAACCCAUUGCAAGGCAUUUCUUGUCAGAAUAUGAGUGUGACCCAAACCUCCUGAAGGUAAAAGGAAUUGAUCAAGUGAAUCUAGGCAUCAGAGGUGGUGAUAUUCCAAAGAUUCUAGCACAGUGCGAAAGCAAAUGGAUUUGGCGUCUUCAUACCCUACAACCACUUGGACUUAAUGAAAUACAACCAUUCGCCCCAUUUCUCUGA